AAAUCAUUGGUCCUGUUUCACCGAUAAUUCUUUUUCUCACUGGCUGCGAUCCGUCUUGGGUCCUCACGAGUUGGCAGUUACACCUACAGCGCUGUCUCGGGCGCACGUCUCUUCGGCGAAGCACCCCAGCGGCGGACAGUGGGAGCUGCGCUCUCAAUAUGCGCUCGCAGCUCGGAGGGAGAGGACCGACAGUGCACGAGGCAGCAUCAGCAGCAUCAGUCCCGGGGAUGGAUUGCGUUCUGUGCGGCAGUUUGUGUAUGCCAAGAAGGAGACCUUAAACAUGGGGGGAAAUGAAGAAAGUAGAUAAGUCGAACCCAUCACCGAAAGUCGUAUUAAGAGGGGAACAUCAUUUCGGUGUGCAUUGUGCCAAGAAAGUUGGUUUGAGCGCUUGCAAGCGUUUUCCUGUCGUAGCGGUGGCUGGGCACUUCUGAGCUUUGUCCGUAUGCAGCAGUCAGACACAUCUAUGACUGUUUUCGGCGCUUGCCGCCGGAGCUGAUACUCUGGUUAUCGGUUUAGUUUCCCCUGUUGCGUUCCAACCAAACGUCAUAUUCAGCAGAAUAUGUCUUUGGAUGACAAACGUGGAAAGGGCUUAUCAUUCACACCGAUGGGAAUUGAGGACAACAAUAUGAGAAACGGCAGAGGCCUGUCGGAUCAAUGGGCUGACAGCGUUGUGGUCCGACCCAGGACGACCGAGCGGCACAUUACCGUGCACAAAAAACUGGUCCUGGGAUUCGCCAUCUCCAUCCUCACGCUCAUCAUUGUCACGGCAAUCGCCGUGCUUCUCAGCGUCAGCUUUGAGGAUUGCACCGUGGCGGAGAGCAGCUCGCGGGCCGGGAACGGCACGAGCACCAAACCCAAUCAGUCCCGGGACGGUAAUUUUAACCACAAGGAUGAGGACACCCAGCCUUGGAGGCACCUCCGCCUGCCCACGUCGUUGCGUCCCCGGCACUAUGACCUCAAGCUGUCCGUGUACAUGGAUAACUUCACUUUCUCGGGCGAAGUUAACAUUGAAUUCGAGUGCGUUAACUCCACCAAGUUCAUCGUGCUUCACACGGACAGACUGGAAGUGGAGAAAGUGGUGGUGUAUUCGGACAACAAAAAGCCGGGCGUCAUGCGCAUCCACCGGCAGUUCCACUACCCGUCCAACCAGGUUUAUGUCAUCGCUUUGCACAGGGAGAUGAAGCCACUGAGAACCUACAAAGUCAACAUUACUUUUGAAGCCCAAAUAGAAAACGAACUUUUGGGCUUUUUCCGCAGCUCUUACGUGCUGCAUGGAGAAAGAAGGUAUCUUGCUGUGACUCAGUUCUCCCCGACCCAUGCCAGAAAAGCAUUCCCGUGUUUCGACGAGCCCAUCUACAAGGCCACGUUCCGGAUCAGUCUGAAGCACGAGGCCUCCUACCUGUCCCUGUCCAACAUGCCCGUGGAGAACUCCGUCACCGACGACGACGGCUGGGCGACCAACUACUUCUCCAGGACCCCGCGCAUGUCCACCUACUACCUGGCCUGGGCUGUGUGCAACUUCACCUACAGAGAGGCCCUGACCGAUAGCGGGGUUCUGAUCCGCCUGUACGCCAGGCCCAACGCCAUCAUGAGUGGAUCGGGCGACUACGCGCUGCAGAUCACAAAGAGGCUGCUGCAGUUCUACGAGGAUUACUUCAAAGUCAAAUACUCCCUGCCCAAAUUAGAUCUGCUGGCGGUCCCUAAGCACCCGUAUGCAGCCAUGGAGAACUGGGGGCUUAGUGUGUUUGUGGAACAGAAGAUCCUGCUGGACCCUGAGAUAUCGUCCUUCUCCUACCAGAUGGAGCUGACCAUGGUGGUCGUGCACGAGAUCUGCCACCAGUGGUUCGGGGACCUGGUCACCCCAGUGUGGUGGGAGGAUGUGUGGCUGAAGGAAGGCUUUGCUCACUUCUUCGAGUACGUCGGGACUGACUUCCUCUUCCCCAAGUGGAAGAUGGAGAAACAGCGUUUCCUGACAGAUGUUCUCCAUGAGGUGAUGCUGCUGGACGGCUUGGCCAGCUCUCACCCUAUCUCCCAGGAGGUGUUUGAGGCCACCGACAUCGACAGGGUCUUCGACUGGAUCGCCUAUAAAAAGGGAGCCGCACUUAUCCGGAUGCUGGCCAACGUGAUGGGUCAGGCGGUUUUCCAGAGGGGCCUGAAUGACUAUUUGAUGACACACAUGUAUGGCAAUGCAGCGAGGGACGACCUGUGGAACAAGCUGUCUGAGGCCAUGCAGAGAGAAGGCAAAGACAUCAACAUCAAGGAGGUGAUGGACCGCUGGACGCUGCAAAUGGGCUACCCGGUGGUUACCAUCAGCAAGAACGAGAGCCUAGACCACGCCGUCACCAUCACCCAGGAGCACUUCGUCUACGACAUGGACGCCAAGAUCCGAGACCCAGAGCUCUUCAACCGAAGCUUCCAGUGGCACAUCCCUUUAACAUUAGCUGUGGGAAAUUCCACUCACAUAUCCCCGGAAGCCAUCAUCUGGGUCUCCAAUAAAACAGAGACACACAAAGUGGGCCAGAUGGACGAGGAGACGUGGUUGCUUGGCAACAUCAAUCAGAUGGGCUACUUCAGGGUGAACUACGACCUCCACAACUGGAGGCUGCUGAUCGGGCAGCUCAUGAACAAUCACGCGAUCAUCUCCAUUGGGAACCGGGCUGGCCUCAUUGACGACGUCUUUAACCUGGCCAGGGCCGGGUUCCUGCCCCAGAACGUGCCCCUGCAGAUCAUCAGCUACCUGCCCCAGGAGAAGGAAUUCCUGCCCUGGCACGCGGCCAGCCGUGCCCUCUACCAGCUGGACAAGCUACUGGACCGCACCGAGGACUACAGCCUCUUUAGUGACUAUGUACUGAAACAAGUGGCUCCCAAGUAUCAUAAGCUGGGUUGGCCGACAACCUCCCCUGAUGGUUCCUUCAUGCAGGCUGCCUACCAGGCUGAAGAGCUUCAACGGGAGGUGAUCAUGCUGGCGUGUAGUUUCGGGAACAAAAACUGUCAUCGCCAGGCUGUGUCUCUCAUCUCAGACUGGAUCUCCAGCAACAAGAACAGGAUCCCACCUAACGUGCGGGACAUUGUGUACUGCACGGGUGUCUCGCUCAUGGACGAGGACGUGUGGGAGUUCAUCUGGAUGAAGUUCCACUCCUCCACUGCCAUCUCAGAGAAGAAGGUUCUUCUGGAGGCCUUGACCUGUAGUGACAACAGCUUCCUCCUCACCAGGCUGCUGAACCUGUCUCUGAGCUCAGACCUGGUGCCAGAUCAAGACGUCAUCGACGUAAUCAUCAACGUGGGGAGGAACCCUCAUGGGCGCCACCUGGCCUGGAGGUGCUUCCGGGAGAAGUGGGACAUACUGAACGCCAGGUAUGGCGAGGCCUUGUUCAUGAUCUCAAAACUAAUCAGCGGAGUGACGGAGUUCCUCAACACCGAGGCCGAGCUCUCUGAGUUGAAGGACUUCAUCCAUACCAGCAGUGGAGGGGGUGCGGUGGCAGCUUUCGCCCGCGCUGUGGAGAUCGUGGAGGCCAAUGUCAAGUGGCACCGGCUCUAUGAGCGGCAGUUUUAUCAGUGGCUUCGCAAAUCCCCCAACGGCUAACACCACAGCCGCCAAGACCUAGUUAUAGCAUGGGAUAUCUCCAACGUAUUUAUAGGCCAAUACAGCCAAGGGGUGGCGAAAAGGAAUCAAUUUGGGACAGAAAAUAGACAAAUAUGACUUGUUCCUCCCUCCCAACCUCACCCCCCACACAUAAGCAGCAUAAAUUCAGGAUUGGGACCAGUUGAAAGAAAAAGAUGAAGGAGUUUGACUCUGACGUCAACACAAUCUAACAAGUGUUAGCCAAACUGUUUGGUUUUCUAAAGAAGAUAUUGCAUGGUGUUCAUUUUUGCAGUUAAUUUUAUUGUUUUUUUUUUUUAAUUGAUUUAUGUUUUUGCAUGGGAUUCAUGACCCAAUUGGUUGUCCAGCUUCUUGACCUAUGACCCUUACAGAGACUGAUGAAACUCAGAUUACCUCUGUCGCCUAAAAUAAUAAAUAAAGUGAUCAACAAAACCAACCCAACAAACAUUGGAUGAAGAAAUUGGAAAUCUGAAGAAACUGCAGAAGAGGACAGCACAAUGUUACUUGUGACAAGCACAACUGGUCUGUAUUGGCAAUCAGUCGAUUGAUUGUGAUUUAAGAGAGGUGCAGAGAUGGACUAAGUUCUGACGGUUAUAUAAAUAUAUAUAUAUAUAAAUAUACACAUAUAAACUUACUGUUGAAGCCUCUCCUUUCUCCUCAAGCCAUCCACAUGAACUGUGAAAAGGGGCAUUUUGUGCCAAGGCAGAUUAUUGUGGAAAAACAGAGGGCAGAUUGUGCCAGGGCAGGUUAUGUUGAUUGUUGUGUGUGUGUGUGUGUGUGUGCUUGUGUAACGUGUAUUAGACAAUUUCCUCCUGCAUCGUACGACUCUCCGAAGAAUAACACAGCGCCCUCAGCCUAAGGGGGAGAGGCAUUAACCUGAAGUGUUUUUGUUUUUAUUUUGUUGUUUGAUUCAACAAAGGUGUUUAACGAGAGAAGAAAAAAAGAGAGGUUAAUCUUUGACGGUGUUGGUCAUGUUAUCACACGUUUAUUUGUAUGAUUUGUUCUCCUUGUUCCAGUGUUGCGCUUGCUGCUGCGUCGUCCUUGGGUAGAACCGUGUAGUUGUGUGAGUGGUGUAUCAGUAGCCCAGGGGUUUUGUGGGGCUUGGUCAAUGCUGUGCUAAGGAGCAAAGGUUCUGUUCAGCUUGGGCACCGGUUCUGUUCAUUCUAUAUUUUGUAAACAUGUUAACUAGCAACAUGGAUUUUAUAAACAUAUAUGAAACACAUGGAUUUUUUUUUCCCUUUUUUUCAGUGAACAUGUUCAGUACUACUGAAAUUACCAAACGCUCCAUACAUACUCCACACUAACACCCCAGCCACUAACAGAGCAGGUACUGAGGAACCCGUCUGAUUGAGCUCUUGUGUGACUAGGGCAGAUGUGCGUUGUGUAUAUCGUAUGUGUAUAAACUGGGGGGACUAGCUGCUGAGGGCCUCUAUGCUCUAUUUAAUAAAUCCAAUGCUAUUCAUAGCCCUUAUUAAGUCCUUUAUUCGAAGUAGACCUCAAGUUCCACCCCUCUCCCGUCUCCUCCUUUCAUGUUGUGUUUGGACAUAAAGAGAUUUUUUUUCUAAUUCAGAGAUUAUCCUCUGUAUUUUGAGCAGAGCAGCUAUGGGGUUUUCAUGCUGACAAUAAAUUAUUUUGUACAGUAAUGUACCCCCUGUAUCUGUGUCUAUUCAUUAUGUGGUUUAUUAUUCAAGAAGAGACCAGGCAA